ACAAAGAAGACAGGGGAGAGAAGACAAGAAAGAGCCAAAAAUAAAAACGUAAAGAAGGAUUUGAGUUUUCCUUUUAACCUCCCCUGCCUUGGCCGUCUUCUAAGGCAGAGGAGGAGAUUCAUUUCUUUCUCUCCCCAAGAAAACAAAAAAAAAAAAUAUCAGAAAAAUAGUAGUCAUUCCGGUAUGGCGUUUCAGGAUUUCGACAAGAUCCAAGAACGCGUAAACGCCAAUAGGAAACGUAAAUUCAGGAAGAGAAUCAUCGUUGGAUCGGUCUCUUUGCUUGUGGUUGUUGCUGCAAUUGUUGGAGGAGCUUUUGCUUAUGUUGCUUAUGAGAAAAGAAAUGAACAACAAGAAGCCAAGAACCAUAACAAAAGCGGUAGUGGCAACAACGUUAAGGAUGGUGAAAAGAAGAGCCAAAGCCCACCAAGCCCAAGCCAAAAACCUCCUGUUUCCCCAGAGCAAUUAUUGAAACCUGUUCAGGAUGAUAAGAUCAUUGAAACUCUUUGCAGUUCAUCGCUUUACACGCAAGAAUGCGAGAAAACGCUCAAAAACAGCACAGAGAAGGGUUUUGCUUUGGCUAAUCCAACGACCUUCUUGACCUCUGCUAUUGAAGCUAUCAAUGGAGAUCUUGACAGAGUUCUAGAGCAGUUCUUGAGCCUCAAGACUGAGAAUCAAGAUGAUAUAGAUGCGAUUGCACAAUGUAAGUUGCUUGUGGAAGAAGCAAAGGAGGAAACCGUUGCAUCGCUGAAGAAAAUCAACAGCACAGAAGUUAGCAGCUUCGCAAACGUAGUUCCUGACUUGGACAGUUGGUUAAGCGCAGUCAUGUCUUAUCAAGAGACAUGCCUUGACGGGUUUGAAGAAGGAACACUAAAAUCUGAAGUAAAGAAGAGCGUCAAUUCUUCUCAAGUUCUGACCAGCAAUUCCCUCGCGAUGAUCAAGUCCUUUGACGAACAUCUUUCUCCGGUUAUCAAGGCCGCAUCACGACUUCUUCUUGAUGAAAUCCCCUCUUGGGUAAGCAACGAUGAUAGAAGAAUGUUAAGGGCUGUUGAUGUGAAGGCUUUGAAGCCUAACGCAACUGUAGCUAAAGAUGGCAGUGGAAAUUUCACAACCAUUAAUGAUGCUCUAAAUGCAAUGCCUGAGAAAUAUGAAGGAAGGUACAUUAUCUAUGUCAAGCAAGGCGUUUACGACGAAACUGUGAUUGUUGAUAAGAAGAAGGCGAACCUUACUAUGGUCGGAGAUGGAUCACAGAAGACUAUUGUGACCGGAAACAAAAGCCACGCAAAGAAAAUCCGUACUUUCCUCACGGCAACGUUCGUUGCACAAGGAGAAGGGUUCAUGGCACAGUCAAUGGGUUUCCGGAACACGGCUGGACCAGAGGGACAUCAAGCAGUCGCGAUACGUGUCCAAUCUGAUAGAUCUAUCUUCCUUAACUGCCGUUUUGAAGGCUACCAAGACACAUUGUACGCUUACACACACCGUCAGUACUAUAGAAGUUGUGUGAUAGUUGGAACAAUUGACUUCAUAUUCGGGGAUGCGGCCGCCAUCUUCCAGAACUGUAACAUCUUCAUUAGAAAAGGCUUACCAGGACAAAAGAACACGGUGACCGCUCAAGGACGUGUUGACAAGUUUCAGACAACUGGUUUUGUGGUCCACAAUUGCAAAAUUGCUGCAAAUGAAGACCUUAAGCCAGUGAUGGCAGAGUACAAGAGUUAUCUCGGUCGACCGUGGAAGAACUACUCUCGAACGAUUGUAAUGGAAUCUACAAUCGAGGAUGUGAUUGACCCGGUCGGAUGGUUGAGAUGGCAAGAGACUGAUUUUGCGAUAGACACAUUGUACUACGCGGAGUACAAGAACAAAGGACCAAGUGGAGACACAGCUUCAAGGGUUAAGUGGCCUGGAUAUAAGGUCAUAAACAAGGAGGAAGCGUUGAACUACACUGUUGGGCCAUUCUUACAAGGAGAUUGGAUCAAUGCCUCAGGUUCUCCUGUUAAGUUGGGUCUUUAUGAUGCUUGAUGACAACUUGUUUUAUUUUAUAAGCAGUGCUGAGAGGAAUUAAAACUUCAUCCAUGAAAAAUCUGAUACUAGAACAUAGUGUGCUAAGAGAUGUGUUGUAUCAAAAUUAUAUUAAUUUGUGCUGAAAAUAUUUUUGAAAGGAAGCAUAUUAUAAAAGUAAUACU